AUGGCUCAGGAUUUCCACAUGGAAGACGGUCUGGAUGACCAGCAAACUACUAGUGAAGAAGAGAGGCGACGUUAUUCAAGAAUUGGAACGGUCUCCAGUACUCCUAGUGAGCCAACAGGGAAGAACAUCCCUCAAAAGCGAUGUUCUUCAGCCGAUACUACCUCGUUCCCCCAAUCAACACGAACAUUAAGGCCGCAUAGUAGCGAUAGACAAAAUGGCUCUGGCCCAGACGCCGUAGCAGAAGCUAUGAAGCCUCUGACUGAUGAAGAACGUCGGAACUGGAAGGGCUGGGUUGAGCUUGAGUCAGAUCCUGCACUGUUCAAUUUCAUAUUACGAGAGAAUGGGGUUGAGGAUGCCAGAGUCCAGGAGGUUAUUAGUCUAGACACCGAAAUGCUGGCUGAGCUCCCGCAGCCAAUAUAUGGCUUCAUUUUUCUCUUUAGAUACCGCGAUGAGGAUGAUGAAAUAGAGGUAGAAGACCCUCCCAAAUGUCCAAGGCAUGUAUGGUUUGCAAAUCAAACUACCAGCAAUGCCUGUGCUACGGUUGCUCUUCUCAAUAUCGUCAUGAAUGUGUCAGAGAUCAAUCUUGGCGAAGCUCUAGCCUCCUUCAAACAGACUACACAGGGUUUGAAGCCUGCCUAUCGUGGUCAGCGCCUCAGCCAAAAUGACUCCAUUAGGUACAUUCACAAUUCGUUUGCGAGGAGAAUGGAUAUGAUCAAUGCCGACUUGGGACUUCAGAACGAUUUCGAAAAGUGGGAGAAAUCAAAGAAGAAUCCCAAGCGCAAGAAGGUCACAAACAGCAAUCGUAAAAAGAAGAAAGAUGAGGAAGAAUCUGGUUUCCAUUUCAUUGCAUACGUACCUAUCAACGGCUCGGUCUGGAGACUGGAUGGGCUUCAAAGGCACCCAGUCAACCUAGGGGCAAGCGGCGAUGAUUGGAUCGCAGUUGCCCGCGCCCAUAUCAACGAACGACUGCAUCAGAACGACCAAGAUGACAUUCAGUUCAGUCUCCUCUCACUUUGCAAGAACCCUCUACAGUCAACUCGUCAACGGGUGGCAGAAAACAUGAAAUUAAUUAUGUCUAUUGAACAGAGCCUCGACAACAUGAAGCCAGAUUGGAAAGCAUUCACGCCAGGUGACGAAGUCCCAAAGCUGAAUGAAUUACACGAAAUUUUCAGAUUGUCCCAAGAACUUAUCGACAAGGCCAAACCGCCAGCGUCUGCGUUGGAGCGAGUUCAGCUGGCAAGCAUGGACCCAAGUUCUCUGAUAAAACUACAUGAAGAAUUGUUGAGGGACCAGAUGGCGCUUCGGGGUAAAUAUAUGGUGGAAGAGGUCUCCAUUGGACAGGAGAAUGAGCAGGCAGCCAAGCAAAAGCAGGAUCAUAGCCCCCGGAUUUACAGCUCAAUGAAGGCUAUUGCUGAAGCUGGGGUGAUGAAGGAGAUUGUACAGGACAUCAGAGAAAGGAAGGAUACGAAGUAG